AUGGCAGACAGCUGUGAGGAGCCUCUGCUGCCUGCCCUGCCCGCCUCGUCCUUCAGUAGUUCCUCGGAGCUGUCCAGCAGCCACAGCCCUGGGUUUGCUCGGCUCAACCGAAGAGACGGAGCAGGGGGCUGGACUCCGCUUGUGUCGAACAAGUACCAGUGGCUGCAGGUCGACCUUGGAGAAAAGAUGGAGGUCACGGCCGUAGCCACCCAGGGUGGGUAUGGCAGCUCCAACUGGGUGACUGGCUACCUGCUGAUGUUCAGCGACAGUGGCAGGAACUGGAAGCAGUAUCGGCGGGAGGAGAGCAUCUCGGGCUUCCCUGGGAACGCGAAUGCUGACAGCGUGGUGCUCUACCGGCUGCGGCCACCAGUGGAAUCGCGCCACCUGCGCUUCCUGCCGGCCGCCUGGAACCACGGGGGCCGCAUUGGGAUGCGCGUGGAGCUGUAUGGCUGUGCCUACCGAUCGGAGGUGAUUGAUUUUGAUGGAAAUAGUUCCCUGAUCUACAGAUUUUCUCAAAGUGACAUGUAUCCAGUAAAAGAUGUCAUUUCUCUGAAAUUUAAAACAGUGCAAAGCGAUGGGAUUAUAUUCCACAGAGAGGGAAGAAACGGAGGUCAUGUCACCCUGGAAUUAGUCAACGGGAAGCUCUUUCUACACAUCAAUUCAGGUGGAACUGCACCUGAUUCCCUGCCUGCGUCCACCCACACGGCACUGGGCAGCCUCCUGGAUGACCAGCACUGGCACUCCAUACUCCUGGAGCACUCCGGCCAGCAGGUGAACCUCACGGUGGACAGCCACACGCAGCACUUCCGAGCACCAGGUGAUCUGAGCCAUGUGGAUCUCCUUUACGAGAUCAGCUUUGGAGGUAUUUUAGCACCUGGAAAAUCAGUGACAUUUCAAAGAAAAAAUUUCCAUGGAUGCUUAGAAAAUAUUCAUUUUAAUGGAGAGGAUAUCAUUGAUUUGGCCAAGCAGCACAGUCCACAGGUCUUCAUUACGGGUAACAAGUCGUUCUCCUGCUCACAACCACAGACUGUGCCAGUGACAUUCCUGAGCCCUCAGAGCUCCUUGGCACUAACAGGCUUCCCGAGGGAAGAUGGAGUCACUAUCAGUUUCCAAUUUCGAACAUGGGAUAGAGCAGGACAUCUGCUGUCCAGCCGGCUUCAUAAGGGCUCAGGGGACCUUCUACUCGUUCUAAGUAAUGGGAGCCUCAGACUGAGCCUAUACAGCUCUCUGGGGCAAGGACAGAGCAGCAUCACAGCAGGUGCUGGAGUGAGUGAUGGGCAGUGGCAUUCCGUCUCUAUCAUAGCCAAGAGGAAUCACCUGAGUUUAACAGUGGAUCAGGACAUGGCCUCCGCUGCUCAUGCUGUGGUCCCCACGGAGAUUUAUUCAGGCAAGGCCUAUUACUUUGGAGGGUGCCCACCUCUCGGCUCUGGGUCUGAGUGUGCGCCAGCCCUCGGAGGGUUCCAGGGCUGUCUGAGAGACAUCUCCAUCAAUGCCCAAGAAGUGGACCUGAUUGCAGUGCAGCAGGGGUCACUGGGGAACUUCAGCGACCUCCAGGUAGAUACCUGCGGCAUCCUCGACAGGUGUUUGCCCAACUACUGUGAGCAUGGUGGCAAGUGCUCCCAGACCUGGAACACCUUCAACUGCAACUGCAGCGGCACAGGAUACACAGGCGCCACAUGCCACCACUCCCUGUACGAGCAGUCCUGUGAAGCCUACAAGCACAGGGGGAACCCCUCAGGAUUAUACCACAUCGACCCUGAUGGCAGUGGCCCCCUGGAACCCUUCCUGGUAUUUUGUAACUUAACUGACAUCCCAUGGACGGUCCUGCAGCACAACGGCUCGGCGCUCACAAGGGUCAAGGGUGCCAGCCCCCCACACCCACACUCAGUGGCCUUCCAGUAUGCUGCCAGCGAGGGGCAGCUGCGGGCCACCGUGGCACGCGCCAGCCACUGCCAGCAGGAGGUUGUCUACCACUGCAGGAGGUCGCGGCUCCAGGAUGGGCCAGAUGGUGCCCCACUGAGCUGGUGGGUUGGAAGAACCAAUGAGACACACACCUACUGGGGAGGCUCCUUGCCUGAAGCUAGAAAAUGCACUUGUGGAUUAGAGGGGAGCUGCCUGGAUUCUCAACAUCUCUGCAACUGCGAUGCUGACCUGGAUGAAUGGACAAAUGACACGGGGCUGCUCUCCCACAAGGAGCACCUGCCAGUGACAAGGAUUGUGAUCACUGACGUGAGUCGGCCCAGCUCGGAGGUGGCAUUUCGACUGGGACCGCUGCUUUGCCGGGGGGACAGAUCAUUCUGGAACUUGGUGUCCUUCCACACAGAGACCUCCUACCUUCACUUCCCUACUUUGCGUGGAGAACUCAGUGCUGACGUGUCUUUCUUUUUCAAGACCACGGCCCCAUCAGGGGUGUUUCUGGAGAACCUGGGCAUUAUCGACUUCAUUAGCCUGGAGCUGCGCUCCCCCACAGAGGUGGUCUUCUCAUUCGAUGUGGGGAAUGGACCCUGUGAGGUUAUGGUGAGGGCAUCUGGCCCCCUCAAUGACAACCGGUGGCACCUUGUCCAUGCUGAGAGGAAUAUUAAGGAGGCAUCACUGCAGGUGGACAUGCUCCCACGCAUGGCUCAGUCUGCCCCUGCCAAUGGCCAUGUGCUGCUGCAGCUCAACAGCCAGCUUUUUGUGGGCAGCACAGCCACCAGGCAGAGGGGCUUCCUGGGCUGUAUCCGGUCACUGCAGCUCAAUGGGCAGGUGCUGGACCUCGAGGACCGGGCCAAGGUCACGCCAGGUGUGGAGCCUGGCUGCCCAGGGCACUGCAGCAGCUAUGGACACCUGUGCCAUCAUGGCGGGCGCUGCCGGGAGAGGCCCCGUGGGUUCUCCUGUGACUGCGAGCUCUCAGCCUUCACUGGACCCUUCUGCUCUGAGGAGAUUUCAGCCUAUUUCGGAACUGGCUCCUCUGUGACUUACAGUUUUCAUGAGUCUCCCUCCCCAAGUGGGAACUCCAGUGCCUACGUGGCCUCAUUCCACAGGGAUGGGACUUUGGCCAGAGAGACGAUCACAUUCAGCUUCCGAACACUGCAGACCCCGAGCUUACUGCUGUAUGUAGACUCCUUCUACAAGGAAUACCUGUCCGUCAUCCUGGCCAAAAAUGGAAGUUUGCAGAUUCGGUACAAGCUUGAUAUUCAUCAGGAUCCUGAUGUUUUCAACUUUGAUUUCACAAACAUGGCUGACGGGCACCUUCAGCACGUGAGGAUCAGCAGAGAAGGAGGAGUGCUCUUGGUCGAGGUGAACCAGCAAACCAGGAGGCAAGUGAGCCUGUCCUCAGGCACAGAGUUCCACGCUGUCAAGUCCCUGGUGUUGGGCAGGAUUUCAGAGCCGGGUGGCCACGUGGACCCGGAGACAGCGCGGGCUGGUGCGCGGGGCUUCGCUGGCUGCUUGUCGGGACUGCAGUUCGAGCGCACGGCGCCGCUGAAGGCUGCGCUGCGGCCGGGCCGCCCCGGACGCACGUCGGUGCAGGGGCCGCUCGGCUGCAAGGCCGCAGCUGCGGGUGCGCGAGGCUGGGCCGCUGUGUCUGCGCGCUGGCCAGCGGCGCCCCUCUCAUUUCCCGCUGCAGAUCACACGGGACCAGGGCGCACGGGGACCACGGCGGACGCGGCCCGACGGGACUUGGCGGUGAUCGGAGGUGUGAUUGCUGUGGCCAUCUUUGUCUUGGUUUGCAUCGCCGCCAUUGCCACCCGCCUGUACCAGCAGAAGAACUUGUACAAAAACAAGGAUGCAAAACAGCCAGAGGAGGAGGGCCGCGUGGAGGCCAUGCUCAAAUGCGAGCUCCACUUACAGAACGCAGCUGGUGGGGGUCAGAAGGAGUACUUUCUCUGA